UCUCAAAGGAGUUUCAUGUAUAAGGUACCAAAACAAAGACGAUCAUUACUGAGAGCUGAAAUGGCGCAGAAAGGAGUUCAGCUGCAUCAAGAAGAUUUUUCUUGUUCCAUCUGUCUGGAUCUACUGAAGGAUCCGGUGACUAUUCUCUGUGGACACAGCUACUGUAUGAACUGUAUUAAAACCCACUGGGAUGAAGAGGAUCAGAGAAGAAUCCACAGCUGUCCUCAGUGCAGGAAAACAUUCAUACCGAGGCCUGUCCUGGAGAAAAACAUCCUGUUAGCAGAGUUAGUGGAGGAGCUGAAGAAGACUGGACUCCAAGCUGCUCCAGCUGAUCACUGCUAUGCUGGACCUGAAGAUGUGGCCUGUGAUGUCUGCACUGGGAGGAAGCUGAAAGCCAUCAAGUCCUGUCUGGUUUGUCCAGCCUCUUACUGUGAGAAACACCUCCAACCUCACUAUGAAGCUCCACCAUUACAGAAACACAAGCUGGUGGAGCCCUCCAAGAAUCUCCAGCAGCUCAUCUGUUCUCGUCAUGAUGAGGUGAUGAAGAUUUUCUGUCGUACUGAUCAGCAGAGUAUCUGUUAUCUCUGCUUAAUGGAUGAACAUAAAGGUCAUGAAACAGUUCCAGCUGCAGAGGAAAGAGCUGAGAAGCAGAAGGAGCUGGAGGUGAGUCGACAACAAAUCCAGCAGAGAAUCCAGGACCGAGAGAAAGAUGUGAAGCUGCUUCAACAGGAGGUGGAGGCCAUCAAUGGCUACACUGAUAAAGCAGUGGAGGACAGUAAGAAGAUCUUCACUGAGCUGAUCCGUCUCAUCCAGAAAAGAAGCUCUGAUGUGAAGCAGCAGAUCAGAUCCCAGCAGGAAACUGAAGUGAGUCGAGUCAAAGAGCUUCAGGAGAAGCUGGAGCAGGAGAUCACUGAGCUGAAGAGGAAAGACGGCGAGCUGGAGCAGCUCUCACACACAGAGGAUCACAACCAGUUUCUACACAACUACCCCUCACUGUCAGCACUCAGUGAGUCUACACACUCAUCCAUCAUCAACAUUCGUCCUCUCAGAUACUUUGAGGAUGUGACAGCAGCUGUGUCAGAGACCAGAGAUAAACUACAGGACAUCCUGACAGAGAAAUGGACAAACAUCUCACUGGCAGUCACUGAUGUGGACGUUUUACUGUCUGAACCAAAACCAAAGAGCAGAGCUGGAUUCUUAAAAUAUUCAAGACAAAUCACACUGGAUCCAAACACAGCAAACACAUAUAUCUGUUAUUAUCUGAGGGAAACAGAAAAGCAACAGUAAUAUAUGAAGAACAGUCUUAUUCUAGUCAUCCAGACAGAUUUUCUCAUUGGUGGGAGGUCCUGAGCAGAGAGAGUCUGACUGGACGUUGUUACUGGGAGGUGGCGUGGAGAGGAGGAGUUUAUGUAGCAGUCACCUACAAGAACAUCAGCAGAGGAGGAGAUUCAGAUGAAUGUAAAUUUGGAUUCAAUAACAAAUCUUGGUCAUUACAUUGUGAAACAGACAGUUACUUCUUUUCUACUC